AUGGCGUUACCCAAACGAGUGCCUUGGGCUACUCUAACAGAGCUAGAUGAACUCUGUACUUGGAUAUACUCAGACGAAACCGACGCUGCCAGUAAACAACUUGCAAAAAAUAGGCUCUGCGCCUGGCAAGUCAACUGUCCUUUACCACAUGCGCUAGAGUCUGUAUUGUGUUUUAUCAAUGCCAUACUCUUGGAUUCGAAUAACGCAUCGACAUCGACGCUCUGUCAGGUUUACGCACUAGCUCUGAUUAGGUUUGUGAACGGCCUUGUGGAUCCCCUGCAACAAGGUGUCUUUGCCAGACCGAUAUAUAGCCUUGCAGCUCAAAUUGGCCUACCUUCAUGGAUAGUCGAGCUUCGCCACCGCUCUACUCACGAGGAUCUUCCAUCAAUCGAAGUGUUACGAGAAGCUACACACCAGUCAAUGCAAUGGCUGUUAAACCGUUAUUUUCUUCCCACACUCUCGCCGUCCAAUACAACAGACUUGGAGAGCAUAGAACUACCGCCACUAGAUCCACUUUUGACCGAAUACAAAACCCUUAUGAAAACAUGUCUUCGGGAUGCGUCACUCCAAGGUCGAAACAAGGCCGAGAUAGAAAGACUUUUCAAGGGGUUCUCUGCGUGGAUUACCGAUGCGUCCACUCUCUAUGCGGUGGACUUGUCCGUGCAAGGUUCCGAAUCUAAUAUAGGAGCCCAUAAGCUCAAGUUUGCGACCCGGAAAUUUUGUGAACGCUUAUCUGACAAGAACGGCUUGGUUCCUUUAUCCAAAAGCAAGCGUACGAAUCUGAAUGCUGCACUCGGCCAUCCUCCCAACCAGGAUAUAUGGGCACCCUUGAUACACCAUUUCGAUCAGACUAACGAAUAUUUUACCGAGGAAUUAUUGGCACAUAUGCUCCUUCUAGUGAACAAUAGCGCCAUUGCCGAGAACGAUCCGACCUAUUUGAGGACCAUUGCCUCUUGGGUACUUUGGAUAGUCGAUACCAUGGGAGACGAAACACUUCGGACGGAUUGUGUUCGAGAUUUGCUGAGUGGUGCAGGUUCUGAAGGGGGGAUUCCAUUGCAAAGUCUAGUUGAUUCACUUGUGUCACAGGAUGAAACUCUCAAGAAUCGUGUCACAGAUUUGAUGAAAGUAAUCAAGCCCAAAAAAGUGUCUUGGGAAACUGGGUCGAUGAGGGAACUCGAGGACAGACAACGCCAACUGGAACAAGCGCUACUCCGCAGUCCUGAGCCCGAGUCGAAUAAGCACUCUUCUAACUCAGUAUCGGCAUGA